GAAAAAAGGGGUUAUGUUUGAUUGCGUUGUCAGAUUUGUUUUUGUUUUCUGGUGAAAAUUUUCAUAAAAUAAGUGGCAUUUCCGCAUGUGAAAUGGAAAAUACACCGAGUAAACAAGAUGGUGUUUCAAUGUCGCGUUCCGGGCGACUGCUCAAAAAGUCCAGCAAAUUGGUGGAUUUUCAGUCUCCGGACGACCUAGAUAGUCGGACAAAGAGGACAUCGUCGCAUAAAUCAUCCAAAACACCCCACUCAGUGCACAAGGCCGAGCCGGCGGACAGUCCAAUGGCUCAGGCCUUUCCCGCCAUUAAGAAUGAGAUGCUGGACCAAGAGAUGGAAGUUCCAGAGAGUGGAAGUGCAGGCAAAGAGGAUAUGGAGAUGGAGAGAUCGUAUGAAAUGUCGGAGAAUUAUCAGGAUAGUGCCCCGUCGAAGAGUAUCUACAUCACGGAAAAGUCAACGAAGAAGAAAGUGAUGAAGGAUGGGCGAUUGGUGUUAACAAAGGCACAGCGAAAGGACAAAGGUAAGUCCCGAUACACAGCUUACAUGUUAUGGGCCAAAGAUGUGCGUCAGGAAUUGUUGUAUUCACAUCCGGCACUUGAUUUUGCCACAAUAUCGCGUCGUCUGGGCGAGAUGUGGGCCAAUGUGCCGAGCAAUGUGAAAUUCAACUGGCGCCGGAAGGCAAAGAGACUGGCAGCCAAGGGAGCUAAGCCAGACAAAAGUGUGUUGGGAUUGAAAAGAGCCAACUCUAAAUUCCUCAAUAAAAACUCCCCAGCAACCCAUAAGGGAGCCACAGCUGCCAAAACCCUCACUAAACCACCCAAGGACAGUGAUACGGACAAGAGUCCACCCCUCACCACCCUCAUCAAGUCCAUCUCAUCACCCCAAGUCUACCGGGUCAAUACAUCGCAUCCCCUGGAUGUGGCGGCGCACCUCAAAUUGCUGGGCGACAAUCUCACAAUUAUUGGGCAGCGUCUGAAGGAGCACGAGGGACAAAUUGCCGUAUCAGGAAGUCUAUCUGUUCUCCUGGACAGCCUUCUGUGCUCCCUGGGGCCCCUCAUGUGUCUCACAGUUCACAUUCCAGGCAUCAGUGAUCGCCUCGAUGGCAUCAAAGACACCCUUCACAAUACUCUCGAUAACAUUGCCUAUGUCAUGCCAGGACUCUAGCUAACUCUUUCCCUUCCUCUCUUGUUCUUCUUCCUCCAGCCAUUAAGUAGAUGCAAUUGUGCGGAAAAAACUGUAUUUUAUUGAUGUAAAUGUUCGUGAUUAAAAAACAUGUGAAAAUCUCUA